CAUGCUCGUUUUACAUAAAUAUUCCUAACGAAGACGUGUGUUAUGUGAAUGCUCGUGUUUGUUUUAUAUACAGCACAAAUUCUGAUGGUCACAUGAGGGUUUUGACCUAGAAGGAAAUGUAAUACUUUGAGGGAUUAAGUGAGCUAACCAUAGUGAAUCUUUUUCAUUAAAGAAACUUAAACGGUCGUGUUGUAAGUGAUAAGUUCCUGCGAAUUCGUGACCUGGGCCGGAAAACACACCGACAUCCAAAAUGGAUCCGGAAGCAUUCCUGGAUAUCGCCAAUCAGGUGAUAAAGCUGAAAAUGUUCCCGUACUUUGAUAUCGCACACAGUCUGUUGUGUGCGCUGUCGGUGAAGGAGGAUCUCGGAGCUGGGGCGCAAGCAUUCUCUCGUAAGCAUCCGCUAGCAUGCUGGCUGUCGACGAUGCUGGUCGUAUUCGCCGGCGGUAUGGUCGCCAACGGAUUACUCGGGGAACCAAUCUUGGCGCCACUGAAGAAUACUCCACAGCUGCUCGUAGCCACCGCUUGUUGGUACAUCGUUUUCUACACUCCCUUCGACGUUGGAUACAAGGUGGCCAAGUUCCUGCCAGUUAAACUGGUAGCUAGUGCCAUGAAAGAAAUUUAUCGUGCAAAGAAGAUACACGAUGGUGUCACACAUGCUGCAAAACUAUACCCGAAUGCAUUCAUCAUCAUGAUCAUCAUUGGUACGCUCAAGGGCAACGGAGCUGGAUUCACGAAGCUGUUGGAACGAUUGAUUCGAGGUGUUUGGACUCCAACCGCUAUGGAAUUCUUGCAGCCAAGCUUCUACACCAAAGCCUCACUCAUCGCUUCCAUUAUCUUCGUGCUGGAUAAAAAGACUGAUCUGAUCUCGGCUCCACAUGCCCUGGUAUAUUUCGGCAUUGUGAUUUUCCUUGUCUACUUCAAACUGUCGUCGUUGCUCCUGGGAAUUCACGAUCCUUUCGUACCGUUCGAAAAUCUUAGUUGCGCGCUGUUCUUCGGUGGCAUCUGGGAUAGCCUGGCCAAGAUUCUGGGCCGCGGACAAGCGAAAGAGGAAUCCAAGGACGCAAAGAAGUCGAACUGAACAAGCG